AAGGAAAAUUGCAUCCCUUCACAGGUUUGCCAGUCCGAUAAGAAAACUACAGUAACGGCUUUCGGGACCGGCUUCAAAGAACAGAGGCUAAGCAAGCGUCUUUCUUAGAAAAGUUUGAUACUUCGGCUUCGGGGAAGAAGAGGAAAGAGGAAGAGAAGCCGGCCCUGAAACAAUGGCCUCUGGCUCUGUUUCUUCUGUAGAUGAGAAAGGAGAAGAUGAAUGUAGCGGUGGUGUGGAUCGGAUUAGUGAAUUGCCUGAGGGAAUCCUUUUGAGCAUUCUGUCCCUCUUGUCACUCAAGGAUGCGGUCAAGACCUCAUUACUUUCUGGUGGAUGGGUAAAUUUGUGGAAAUCAGUGGUGAAGGAGCUGGACUUUGAUGCCCCAGAAAUUCAGUACGCCCAGUCGGGUCUGAUACCAGCGGCAGCGAGAAGGAUAAAGUUCAAAAAUUUUGUGAAUAGGGUUGUGAGGCAGCUCAAGGAUGUCUCCUCGGGACAGAUAACCAAGUUUAGAGUGUCAUUCACAUUGACCAAUCAGUGCAAUUCCAAGGGGGCGAUCGAUAAAUGGCUGAAGUUUGCAUUAUCGAAAAGGGUUAUUGAGCUGUCCUUGGUCACUUACAUACUGACUCCUGAAAGUGAUGGCAAAGGUUAUGUUUUCCCGGAGGAUUGUUUCGAUCACAUCAAAACUCCAGCUGGGUUGUCUGAUAUAAGGUCCAUCAGAACCUUGCGCUUGAGUUAUGUGGCGGUCAAGGCCGAGACGAUUGAGCACUUCAUCUCUCACUGCCCCUAUCUAGAGGAGUUAGCUGUGCGAAAGUCAGACUUGAUAGUGAAACUCAGGGUUGCUGCUGCUGCAGGUUCGUCGUCGCUUGCGUUGAAGCGCUUGGAAGUGGGAGAAUGCUGGAAGCUGAAGACGCUGGAGAUUGAUAAUGCCCCAUGCCUCACCCACUUCACAUAUGAGGGUGGUGAGUUAGUGGAACUGCGUCUAGAGAAUUGUGUUAGUCUUGUGGAUGUGAACUUGGGGUUAGAUUUUUGCACACCCAGCUUCGCAUUCGACUCGAUCUCCUGCUAUGCUCGUCAGUUGGCUGCCCUAACUGUGAGAAUCAACCAGAAUUACAUCCGGUUCUCGAAUGUGGCUGAGUUUACCCACCUUGAGCAGCUGACUAUCGAAACAAUUGGAAAUUCCAACAGCAAAAUCAUUCGCUUUGUUACUUUGAUAAAUGCUUGUCCUCGCAUACACACACUGCGGCUGAAGCUGUACACGUACCUCGCCUGCGAAAUGGAAGUGUGUUCAACACCAGAUGUUGCUAGAGUUGGUCGCGAGAGCAUCAAAACAGUGGAGAUUAUUGGGUUUAAUGGUUUCCCAAUUGAGUGCGAAUUCAUCGAGUAUGUGCUGGAAUGUUUCGUGGGGAUGGAGAGAAUAGUUCUACAUCUUGACAACAAGAACCAAGUUGAGGAAGCCAGAAGUUGCGCGUUGGAGUUCAAAGCGAGGGCAUCCCCUGCAAUUGAGUUUGUUGUAGCAGAUGAUUAGCUGUUUCUGGCCUCAAUAAAAGCUUGAAGCCAUGAUCGGUAGAUGCGCGCAAGGAGUUUGUUCCUGCAGAUUGGAAUCUUGAGCCUUCGGUGUAUAAAUUAUGCUGUCCUGUUUCUAACAGGUUUUUCUCGGUUCCAAAAUUCAAUUUGUUGAGUUACAACUCCAUUGAUUGGUUGUGUUUUCAGAACACCUAUUUAGCAACAAGUUGUUCUGUUUAUUACAUCCCUUAAAAAUUUCAUUUCGAUGCCAAGAAAGGGCAGCUAAUUGGAGCUUCAGUAGUAGAAGAAGUAGAACCAUCAGACCCUUUGGGACCUCUCAUAAGCCCUCCCAGCAACUCGCCACGGUCGAAAAAGAACUCCACUUUCUCAACCUUCAUCUUCUCAUCCACAUGAAAGAUACCAAUCCCAAAGAACUCCACCAGCUCUCCCGUUGGAGGGUGCCCUUUGAAAGGACCCUCCAUGUAACCCCAGUGCCUGAACUUGUAGGGAAUCACCGGCGGGCCCGAGUAAACUUGGAGCACUUCCACAGCAAAACCGCGAGGAAACGUCGUUGUGAAGGCCAGAUGAGCCGAUUCCACUGUCUCCACAUCGGGGUCAUAGCCUCUUAGCUCUUUCGGUAAGGAUGUCUGCAGAAAAGAAUUGUAGCCUCCUCCUAUCUUCCGAGUCUCUUCCAGGGUUAUUGGCUUCCUACCUAAAAAAGAAUUUGUAUCAUUCCUUCAUAUUUCUUCUUAAAAAAGUCAACUCACGAACAUAACAAAAUACCUAACUUCUCGAACAAGUAACAAUGAAACUCAAACUAUUAAGUGAUAUGCAUAACACCACUCGCAUUCCGGUAAUACUAUGUAGUUAACUCGAUCAGUAGAUUCGAGGAUCAUCAGGAUUUGAGCAUGAAACCUCUAAAUCCAACUAGGGUAGUUUUAUUUUCUCGGUUUGGUCAACAGAAAAA